ACAACAGAGCUCCGCUGAAACACUGCUUUAAUGUGAAUUAAACAGACACCAGAUGAAAGGAAAACACCAUCUAAACUUUUCUGAAGACAGUCAGUUCCCCUCAGAAACACAUUCAUAUAAAUCCCUAAAUCAAUACUGAGGAUUUUCAUCGAAUAGUUUGUGCAUCAUGAACAGGAUAAACUGUGGCACUUCAGAGGGUGGAUGUGGCAGUCCACACCUAUGAGAGGAACUAACGAAAUCAAGAGGCAGAGAAAUACUUGUUUGAAGCUAUAUGAAAGCAAAUUCACGAGCUUUGCUGUACUGAAGAAUAAAGUACCUGGACCAUGACUCCGAUACUGCGCACAGAGAGGCUUCAGCCGAGUGAACUUCAGGCUCUGUUUGGAGAGGAGAAGGAUUAUUCAUGCUCCCUGAAUGACAUUUUUCAUCACACAGAGGCGUGUGAGCUGCAGUCUGACGGUGAUAACAUAGGGGCGUGCGACUCGAGUUCUCUUUCUGAUGUUGACUAUGGGAAGCCAUGUGCAGCCCCUCAUCUGCAGGGACCCACAUUCUCCAAACAGGAAUACUACACCAAACUAGAGGAGCUGAAGAGAGAACACCUGAGAAACAUAGCCGAGCUGGAAAAACUCAACCUGAGCCAGAUCAAACCGGGUCAGAGAGAAAGACAGCUCAUUACUUGCAGGAGUCAAAAUGGAGACGAUACAGAGAGUGGACAGGUGGAGCUCAACCAGGUUGGGAGCAAGGCAUCAGUGGACCGUCUGAGGAAUGAGGUUUCUCAUCUGAAAUUAAAGCAGGCUCGACAGAAUUCGUUAGAGGACCAAAGGAAGUCACACUCUCCGCAGAACUCAUCUCACAGUGCAGCCACUCCGGGGAUGGACCGCCUGAGACACAAUUCCAAAGUAACCGUUCCCAAACCGUUUCGCAUGAUGCUUCGUGAAGAGGAUCGCAAACGACGCAAUGUGAAAACCCGCUCUGAGAUGGAACUAGAAAAUGAGAGACUGAAGAAAGAACUGGAUGAGCUGAAAGAGUGUAGCAAGACGUUUCGUGCUAAGCCGGCCCCGCGCUCAACACACUUCCUUUGCAAUGACAUCAUCACUAAGCACCCAAAGAAGCUCCAGCUACAAAAAAUCCAAUCAACCAAAUGGACCACGAUCACCACGGAAACCACCUCAAACAAGGCUCUCAUCGCCAAACUCCUCCUAUUCCACAACAGCCAUUUAGCUUUAUUGAAAGAGAGCGAAAGAAAAGAGAGAAAAAACUAGAGGAUGAGCUAAACAACCUAAGUCCCAAAACAGAACGAAGAUUGUUUAAAGCCAGACCCUUGCCGAGGUCUCUAUAUAGGCCCAGCUCACCAACUUGCCAGAUAUAUGAGGCAGUUAAUCUGAAUCACAGAGGCUCAGCACUGCCUCCUAGCAUUCUGGAGGACAUGCUGCAGGAAGGAGAGGAAGCCGAGAAUCAGUAUGAUGAUGAAUUUUCAAGGCCACAGAGCACAGAUAUAUCACGCUGCAGCAGCAACCUCAA